AUGCAACAAGUGUUGGAAAACCUGGAGGAGUUGCCCACCUCCAAAGACAUUGACCUCAUCUUUCUCAAAGGCAUUAUGGAGAGUCCAAUUGUUCAUUCUCUUGCAAAGGCUCACGAGCGUUUAGAAGACGUAAAGCUGGAGGCUGUGCAAGAGAAUAUUGUGGAACUGGUCGGUGAGAUUUUGGGAGACAUCCGUGAACUGAGUGUACGAGAUGCCAGUGCUGCAGAGUUGUUAAGAAUCCUUCAGGAGCCUCAUUUCCAGUCUCUCCUGGAGGCACAUGACAUGGUGGCGUCAAAAUGCUAUGAUGCUCCUUACCCUGAUGAGAAGACUAAUGAUACAGCACUUAACAAUGCUCUUAUGCAGGCCGAUGCUGUCAGAAUGAUCGGCAUUCGCAAAAAAGCUGGAGAGCCCCUGGGUGUUACAUUUCGCGUGGAGAAGGACGAUCUGGUGAUUGCUCGGAUCCUUCAUGGUGGGAUGAUUGACAGACAGGGUUUGCUCCAUGUAGGCGACAUCAUAAAGGAAGUAAAUGGACAGGAAGUGGGCAGUAACCCCACAGAGCUGCAGGAGAUGCUAAAGGCCUGCAGUGGAGGAAUCACACUGAAAAUCCUGCCCAGCUACAAAGACAUGCCAUCACCGCCACAGGUUUAUGUACAGCCUCACUUUGACUACAAUCCAGCCAAUGACAAUCUGAUACCGUGCAGAGAGGCAGGGCUUGCCUUCAAGAGGGGUGACAUUCUGCAGAUUGUCAACAGAGAGGACUCAAACUGGUGGCAGGCCUGUCACACUGUGGGAGGAGCUACAGGACUCAUCCCCAGUCAGUUUCUAGAGGAGAAAAGGAAAGCUUUUGUUCCAAAGGACUUGGAUGGGACAGGGAUUUUGUGUGGAUCACUAAGUGGUAAAAGGAAAAAAAAGAAGAUGUACCUCACUGCAAGGAAUGCAGAGUUCGACUGUCAUGAGCUGCAGAUCUAUGAGGAAGUUGCACGCAUGCCACCAUUCCAGAGGAAAACACUGGUUCUGAUUGGAGCACAGGGGGUGGGCCGCCGCAGCCUGAAAAACCGAAUCAUGGUGCUUCAUCCUAACCGCUAUGGAACCACAGUACCAUUCACCUCUCGUAGGCCACGGGAAGAUGAGCGUGAUGGUCAGACGUACCAGUUUGUGACACGGAUGGAGAUGGAGAUAGACAUUAAGGCUAGUCGCUUCCUGGAGCACGGAGAGUAUGACGGCAACCUCUAUGGCACUAAGAUUAGCUCCAUUCAUGAGGUGGUAAACACGGGACGCACCUGCAUUUUAGACAUCAACCCUCAGGCUCUGAAGGUGCUGAGAACAGCAGAAUUUAUACCAUAUGUAGUGUUUAUUGCAGCCCCUGAGUUUGAGAUGCUUAAAGCCAUGCACAAAGCUGUUGUUGAUGCAGGUCUCAGCACCAAACAGCUUACGGAUAUGGACCUGAAGAAGACGGUGGAUGAGAGUGCUCGUAUCCAGCAUGCUUACAAACACUAUUUUGAUCUCACCAUUGUUAACAACAACCUGGACACUGCAUUUGAAACACUCCAGUCGGCUUUAGAUAAACUUAAUUCUGAACCACAGUGGGUUCCUGUCAACUGGGUUUACUGAAAAAUGUGUGUUUGCAGAUGUUCAGGUCUGUGUGUGUUUGUGUGUUGUGAGAAAAAGAAAUCAUUAAAGACUGACCAACUGUACACACAGUACAUUCUUUCUACUCAAAGAUAAGAGAACCUAUUUAUUUUGAUAUUUGUACAUUUUAAUAGGCUGUCUUUUUACAUGUUGACUCGUAAAAUAAAAA